AUGACUUCCAAUAAGAUUCAGACAAAGAGCAAGAAUACCACCGAAGACAUCGCGGUCAUGACGGAUAACAUCAAUACCAUCACAAAAGGUGGUAAGAAGGUUGCAACUUCAUCAAGUGGUACAAACACGUCGGCAAGUUUAAUGAUGUGGAGCAUGGCUAAAUCAUCCAUUCCUGCCAAAAGACAGCACGAUGCAAUGAGAGUUAAUUCUGCCAAAUCUAUCAAAGUAACAACUCAAACUCAUACCGCCUUCACCUUGCUGGGGGCAAGAAGGAAGGUUUUUACAACCUCAAAGGUAAAUCCAGUCACAAGUUCAAGUUCCACCUCGCUGGGGGUAAGGAGGAAGGCUCCUACAACCUCAAAGAUUGUUCCAGUCACAAGUUCAAGUUCAAGUUCAAGUUCAGGGCUGGUCCACCCAAGGCCAAAGAUUUUUUCUGACUCCAUCUCUAUGCCAGUCAUGAUGACGAGUACUACCUCGUACGAAGAGCAAUUGAUGAUUAUGGCCAGUACAAUUGAAAGAUUACAACACUCUCUCAAGGAGCAAGAUCUAAAAAUUGCCUCGCUGACAGAAAAGUUAAAAUUGCAUGAUGACAAUACUGAGUCAAGCAAAGGCUGA